AUGAUUCGCCGACAGGCCCGCGAGAGGCGUGACUACCUCUACCGCCGUGCCCUGACCCUCCGCGACGCCGAAAUCGCCUCGAAGCGCGCAGCACUGCGAGCCUCUCUCGCCAGUGGCAAGCCGCUGGACCCGUCCAUCGCCAACGACAAAGACCUGCGUGCAAACUACAAGUACGACGAGUCGCAACAGGACCGCUCCACCCAGGAGGCGCUGGAUCUGGACGACGAGUACGCGCAGCUUUCGGGCGUCGUGGAUCCGCGUGUGCUGGUGACGACCUCGCGCGAUCCCAGCACUCGCCUGGGUGCGUUCGCCAAGGAGAUUCGCCUGUUGCUGCCCACGAGCAUCCGCGUCAACAGAGGAAACCUCGUCCUGCCCAACAUCGUGUCGAGUGCGAAGGCUGCCGGACUGAGUGAUGUGAUUCUGCUCCACGAGCACCGUGGCACGCCCACGGCCAUGACCAUCUCCCACUUCCCCCACGGCCCCACCGCUUCGUUCUCGCUUCACAACGUCGUCCUGCGCCACGAUAUCCCCAAUGCCGCCCGUGGCACCGUCUCCGAGUCCUAUCCGCAUCUGAUCUUUGAGGGCUUUACCACCAACCUCGGCAAGCGCGUCGUCAAGGUUCUACAGCAUCUCUUUCCCCCACGCCCUGCCGCAGCAACUCCCAAGGACGUCGGCAACCGUGUUGUUACGUUUGUCAACCGCGAGGAUAGCAUCGAGGUCCGUCACCAUGUCUUUGUGCGCACGGGCUACCAGAGCGUCGAGCUGGCGGAGGUCGGCCCGCGGAUGACGAUGCGUCUGUUUGAGAUCCGUGGAGGCACUUUGGAAAACAAGGACGGUGAUGUGGAGUGGCACAUGAACCAGUUCACACGCACAGCCAAGAAGAAGGAUUACUUGUAA